ACCUGAACAUCCAGUCCUGGCCUCCCCACAUGCACAACUUCAGUGUUUUCUCCAACCUGACAACCAUUGAAGGCAGAAGCCUCUACAACCGGGGCUUCUCAUUGUUGAUCAUGAAGAACUUGAAUGUAACAUCUCUGGGCCUCCGGUCCCUAAAGGAAAUCAGUGCAGGGCGUGUCUACAUAAGUGCCAAUCGGCAGCUCUGCUACCACCAUUCUUUGAACUGGACCAGGCUGCUCCGGGGGCCUUCGGAAGAGAGACUGGACAUCAAGCACAACCGGCCCCGCAGGGAGUGUGUGGCAGAGGGCAAAGUGUGUGACCCACUGUGUUCCUCCGGGGGAUGCUGGGGCCCAGGCCCUGGUCAGUGCUUAUCCUGCCGAAACUACAGUCGAGGAGGCAUCUGUGUGACCCACUGCAACUUUCUGAAUGGGGAGCCUCGUGAGUUUGCCCAUGAGGCCGAAUGCUUCUCCUGCCACCUGGAAUGCCACCCCAUGGAGGGCACUGCCACAUGCAAUGGCUCGGGCUCUGAUGCUUGUGCUCAAUGUGCCCAUUUUCGUGAUGGGCCUCACUGUGUGAGCAGAUGCCCCCAUGGCGUCCUAGGUGCCAAGGGCCCCAUCUACAAGUACCCGGAUGUUCAUAAUGAGUGUUGGCCCUGCCAUGAGAACUGCACGCAGGGGUGUAAAGGUCCAGAACUUCAAGACUGUUUAGGGCAACCCCCGGAGCUGAUCGGCAAAACCCAUCUGACAAUGGCUUUGGCAGUGAUAGCAGGAUUGGUAGCGAUUUUCAUCCUCCUAGGAGGCACUUUUCUAUAUUGGCGUGGGCGCCGGAUUCAGAAUAAAAGGGCUAUGCGGCGCUACUUAGAACGGGGUGAGAGCAUAGAGCCGUUGGAUCCCAGUGAGAAGGCUAACAAAGUCCUGGCCAGAAUCUUCAAGGAGACAGAGCUGAGGAAGCUUAAAGUGCUUGGCUCAGGUGUCUUUGGAACUGUGCACAAAGGAGUGUGGAUCCCUGAGGGUGAAUCAAUCAAGAUUCCAGUGUGCAUUAAAGUCAUCGAGGACAAGAGUGGACGGCAAAGUUUUCAGGCUGUGACAGACCAUAUGCUGGCCAUUGGCAGCCUAGACCAUGCCCACAUCGUACGGCUGCUGGGACUAUGCCCAGGGUCAUCUCUGCAGCUUGUCACCCAGUACUUGCCUCUGGGUUCCCUGCUGGAUCACGUGAGACAACACCGGGGGGCGCUGGGGCCACAACUCCUGCUCAACUGGGGAGUCCAAAUUGCCAAGGGCAUGUACUACCUUGAGGAGCACAGCAUGGUGCACAGGAACCUGGCUGCCCGAAAUGUGCUCCUCAAGUCACCCAGUCAGGUUCAGGUGGCAGACUUUGGUGUGGCUGACCUGCUGCCGCCCGAUGACAAGCAGCUACCGCACAGUGAGGCCAAGACUCCAAUUAAGUGGAUGGCCCUCGAGAGUAUCCACUUCGGGAAAUACACACACCAGAGUGACGUCUGGAGCUAUGGUGUGACAGUCUGGGAGUUGAUGACCUUCGGGGCAGAGCCCUAUGCAGGGCUGCGAUUGGCUGAAGUACCAGACCUGCUAGAGAAGGGGGAGCGGCUGGCACAGCCCCAGAUCUGUACCAUUGAUGUUUACAUGGUGAUGGUCAAAUGUUGGAUGAUUGAUGAAAACAUUCGCCCAACCUUUAAAGAACUAGCCAAUGAGUUUACCCGGAUGGCCCGAGACCCACCACGGUAUCUGGUCAUAAAGAGAGAGAGUGGGCCUGGACUGGCCCCUGGGGCUGAACCCCCAGCUCUGACAAACAAAGAACUGGAAGAAGUAGAGCUGGAGCCAGAACUAGACCUAGACCUAGACCUGGAAGCAGAGGAGGACAACCUGGCAGCCACCCUGGGCUCUGCCCUCAGUCUACCAGUUGGAACACUUACUCGCCCCCGUGGGAGCCAGAGCCUUUUAAGUCCAUCAUCUGGAUACAUGCCCAUGAACCAGGGCAAUCUUGAGGAGGCUUGUCAGGAGCCUGCAGUUUGUGGAGGCAGUGAACGGUGUCCCCGCCCAGUCUCCCUGCACCCAAUACCUCGGGGACGCCUGGCAUCGGAGUCAUCAGAGGGCCACGUGACAGGCUCCGAGGUCGAAUUCCAGGAGAAGGUGUCAAGGUGCCGGAGCCGGAGCCGGAGCCCACGGCCACGUGGAGACAGUGCCUACCAUUCCCAGCGCCACAGUCUGCUUACUCCUGUCACCCCACUCUCCCCGCCAGGGUUAGAAGAAGAGGACGUCAAUGGCUAUGUCAUGCCAGAUACGCACCUCAAAGGAGUACUUCGGUCCUUGGUAGAAGCAUCCAGCUCAGGUGUGUCGGUACUGAGCCUAUGUGAGAAAGGUGAUGCCAUGAUUAUGGAAGAGACAGGGAAAAUCUUCAAGAAAGAAAAGGAAAUGAAGAAAGGUAUUGCUUUUCCCACCAGCAUUUCGGUAAAUAACUGUGUAUGUCACUUCUCCCCUUUGAAGAGCGACCAGGACUAUAUUCUCAAGGAAGGUGACUUGGUAAAAAUUGACCUUGGAGUCCACGUGGAUGGCUUCAUCGCUAAUGUAGCUCACACAUUCGUGGUCGGUGUGGCUCAGGGGACCCAGGUAACAGGGCGGAGAGCAGACGUCAUUAAGGCAGCUCACCUUUGUGCUGAAGCUGCCCUCCGCUUGGUCAAACCUGGAAACCAGAACACACAAGUGACAGAAGCCUGGAACAAAGUUGCUCACUCAUUUAAUUGCACGCCAAUAGAAGGUAUGCUAUCACACCAGUUGAAGCAGCAUGUCAUCGAUGGAGAGAAGACCAUUAUCCAGAAUCCCACAGACCAGCAGAAGAAGGACCAUGAAAAGGCUGAAUUUGAGGUACAUGAAGUAUAUGCUGUGGAUGUCCUUGUCAGCUCAGGAGAGGGCAAGGCCAAGGAUGCCGGGCAGAGGACUACCAUUUACAAACGAGACCCCUCUAAACAGUAUGGACUGAAAAUGAAAACUUCCCGUGCCUUCUUCAGUGAGGUGGAAAGGCGUUUUGACGCCAUGCCAUUUACUUUAAGGGCAUUUGAUGAUGAGAAGAAGGCUCGGAUGGGUGUGGUGGAGUGCGCCAAACAUGAACUGCUGCAACCAUUUAAUGUUCUCUAUGAGAAGGAGGGUGAAUUUGUCGCCCAGUUUAAAUUUACAGUUCUGCUCAUGCCCAAUGGCCCCAUGCGGAUAACUAGUGGACCCUUUGAGCCUGAACUCUACAAGUCUGAGAUGGAGGUCCAGGAUGCAGAGCUGAAGGCCCUCCUGCAGAGUUCUGCAAGUCGGAAAACUCAGAAAAAGAAAAAAAAGAAG